CCGAGCCCGGCUGGUCCAUUAUGAGUUUAUAAGAAUUGGCUAAUCGUUACCCUCUCCCGUCUUCCAGUCCAAACUCCAGAUCCAUAUCAAAGCUGAGAGAGAGAGAGAGAGAGAGAGAGAGAGAAACGCAGCGAUCUCUCUCAUUUGCAAAAUACAACCAAGUUGGAAAAUUGUUUCUCUGUGAAACCUUCUCAGCUCUCUCUAGAACACUUCUUCUUCUUCACGUAGAUCUACUUCACCUGCUCUUUUUACUACGAUCGCAGUACACAUUUCUCCGAUUGCUCAUUGUUGCUGUUCCAGGGUUCAACCAAUUGGGUUCAAUUCAUGAUCUUGGGAUCGUGAAAAUGGAUUCGCAGCCUUCCCAAUCGGGAAGGUUCUUAGACCAUAGUAGUAGUAGUAGUAGUAGUUACAGUGAGAAGGGCAUUCACCUUGGCCGAACCAGUUCGUCCCCGUCCAAAUCAAUCUCCGAUGGCAGUAGCCAAAGCUUAGCUUCAAUUCUUAACAACCCUCAUGUCGGCAAAUCCGGCGUUUAUGGCUCCGACGCCUCGUGGGUCGGGUGGUGGUCGUCGUCCACUGCCGUGACUGCUUCCGAAUUCGCGCCUUUGGCGGCGAACAAGGUCGGCUCAGAAGUGAGCCGAUCUGAUUUUCAACAGUAUUUGGCUUCGAUCUCGGAACCGUAUGGCCGAUUUGAGGACAUUCGAAACCAUAGCAACAAGGAAAGUGUUGAUUUGGAGAGCAUUGGAGGUCAGGGCGAAGCGUUGGUGGCGUGUCUGCGCGAAGUCCCGGCAUUGUAUUUCAAGGAGGACUUUGCGUUGGAGGACGGAGGCACUUUCCGGGCGGCGUGUCCCUUCUCAACGAUGUCGGAGAAUUUGGUGUUGCAGGAAAAGCUGUCCCAAUAUUUGGAUGUGGUCGAAUUGCAUUUGGUAAAGGAGAUUUCACUGAGGUCCAAUUCAUUUUUUGAGGCACAGGGGCAGUUGGAAGAUUUGAACGUGAAGAUUGUGGAGGGAUGUAGUCGGAUCAGGGAACUGAAGGAGACCAUAAGGCUCUUGGAUGCGGACUUGGUGGAUUCCGCCCAACAAAUUCACGACUUGAAUGCUACAAGGAGUAAUUUAUUGGCUCUGCAACAGAAAUUGAGGCUUAUAUUAUAUGUCAACCAAGCUCUUUCAGCUCUUAAACUGCUUGUUGCAUCCGCAGAUUGUGCUGGGGCAUUAGACGUCACUGAUGAUUUGCAACAUUUGCUGGAUGGUGACGAGCUGGCUGGUCUACAUUGCUUUCGUCACCUUCGAGAUCAUUUAGCAGCUUCAAUAGAUACCAUAAACAGCAUUCUUUCAGCAGAAUUCAUGCGUACAUCUAUACAUGAUGCUGGUAAUAUAGAUGCAGUAAUAUUGUCAAAAGCAAAAGCAAGGGAAAGCCUACCCACAAAUGGAAGAGAUGAUGAAAGCUGAUGUUUUGCGAGAAAACACAGAAGCUGUGUUUGCAGCUUGUGACGCUGCUCAUGGAAGAUGGGCAAAGCUUCUUGGGGUCCGUGCUCUUCUUCAUCCUAGGUUGAGAUUGCAGGAGUUCUUAGGCAUAUAUAAUAUCACCCAGGAGUUCAUAACUGCUACUGAGAAGAUUGGUGGAAGGUUGGGAUAUAGCAUUCGAGGAAUGCUACAGUCACAGGCCAAGGCUUUUGUUGAUUUCCAGCAUGAAUCUAAGAUGGCAAAAAUCAAGGCGGUACUUGACCAAGAAACUUGGGUUGAAGUGGAUGUUCCUGAUGAAUUUCAGGCCAUCGUCACUUCUCUGUUUUGUUCUGAGCCUUUAACUGCUGAGCACACAGAUGAUGGUCAAGAUAACACUGCACGGAGCAACAGCACUAACAAUAAGCAACGUGGAAAAUCUUCCUCUCAAACACUUUUAUUCAGAGGUGUUGGUUAUCACAUGGUAAACUGCGGCUUAAUUUUGCUGAAGAUGUUGUCGGAGUACAUAGAUAUGAGUAAUUAUUUGCCAGUGCUGUCUUCGGAAGUUGUUCAUCGUGUAGUUGAAAUCUUGAAGUUUUUCAAUACAAGAACUUGUCAGCUUGUUCUUGGUGCUGGUGCCAUGCAGGUGUCUGGUCUGAAAUCUAUUACAUCUAAACACUUGGCGUUGGCAAGUCAGGUUGUCAGUUUUACAUAUGCUAUUAUUCCUGAAAUCAGGAGGAUUCUGCUCAGUAAAGUACCUGAUACACGAAAGGCAUUACUACUGUCAGAGAUUGAUCGUGUAGCGCAGGAUUAUAAAGUCCACACAGAUGAGAUGCAUACGAAGCAGGUUCAAAUAAUGAGAGAAAGGCUGUUGAUUCAUCUUCGUGGUUUACCACAAAUUGUUGAGGGCUGGAACAGGCUAGAAGAUUCUGAUUCACAGCCUAGUCAGUUUGCGCGGUCCCUCACAAAGGAAGUUGGCUUUUUUCAGCGUGUCUUAUCUCGAACUCUACAUGAAGUAGAUGUGCAAGCAAUUUUCAGGCAAGUUGUUAUAAUCUUCCACUCACAAAUUUCGGAAGCAUUUUCCAACUUAGAUAUUAGCACUCCACAAUCAAAAACCAGGCUGCAUCGGGACGUUCAGCAUAUUCUUGGAUGCAUCCGGUCAUUGCCUUCUGAUAAUAUAAGUAAAACUGAUAUCCCGAACUGGGGGCAACUUGAUGAAUUCUUGGCACAAAGAUUUCCUCCUGAAGCUGAUUAAUAGUUAUUUAUCUGAAGUAGCAAAUUGGUUAUAUUAUUUCUCUAAUGAAAGGCUAACCAGAUUUGAUGAGCAUAUUAAGGGGAUGAUAGAAGCAACCUUCAAAAUGUGCUUGUACAUUGUGUGAUUGAUUUCAGGUAUUUGCAUUAUUGCUCAUGGGGUGAAGUUCUGUAUCACAUUCAAUGUUGUGGGGGAGAAGGGCCCUUUACACAAUUUUUGUAGCAGCCAUACUGAAUAUACAAUAUGUAAUGAAUAGGGCCCUUUACAAUUUGUUAUUAUGAUUGUAAUUUAUUGGUUUAGAUGAAACCGCCGCUCUUCUUUUCUUUUCUUUUUCUUUUUUGCCUUCUAUAUUUUGCUUUCCAGGAGGCUUAAAUCAUUUUUCAAAUAGAAUUGUAUCAGUGCUUGCUUGCUGCAUAAAUGUUUUUCGAAGUUAAACUGCGGGUACUACAACUUUGAACAUCGGAUCCAACUACUUAUCCAUCUUCCAUGAA